AUGGUGGUUUUCAUCAACACAAAGCUUAAAUCUCUCAUGAAACUUUUCAAGAGAAAGACUGUUUCCAACCUAGAUGAAGAGAGUAGAUGGACCGUGCACUACACUGCUCCGUGGCACCAGCAGGAAAAUGUGUUCCUGCCCUCCUCAAGACCACCUUGUGUGGAGGACCUGCACCGACAAGCCAAGCUGAACCUCAAGUCGGUGCUGAGAGAGUGUGACAAGCUGCGGCGGGAUGGCUACCGGAGCUCCCAGUAUUACUCUCAGGGCCCCACCUUCUCCUCAUCCUCCAGCGCUAUCUGUGGAAGUUACCAGGAUGAUUAUGAAGAAAUUGAACAAAAGUGUCCGGUCUCUUCCCCAGAAGAAGAAAAGCUUAUUACCAUCAAAAGGCCUAAAACUCCAGUUUCGAAUGAGUUAUCAGAUAUCAACACCCAAACCAACUGGACUAAAUCACUCCCACUGCCAACGCCAGAAGAGAAAAUGCGACAACAAGCGCAGGCAGUCCAAACAGAUGUGGUUCCUAUUAAUGUGACUGGGGAGAAUUUCGACCGCCAAGCCAGCAUUCGGCGGUCUCUAAUUUACACUGACACGGUGGUAAGACGGCCGAAGAAAGUCAAAAGGAGAAAGACUAUUACAGGAAUCCCUGACAACAUACAAAAGGAGCUAGCAGUUGGCGCUGGCCAAAGUGAUUUCCGAGGGCAUUCGAUGUAUGUCCCCGAUCACUGCUCCACGCUAGGGAGACUGGACAGCUAUCGCUCUGCUGGGCAGCGCUCUGAAACCAAGGACACCAGCUGCCAGACGGAGGACGUUAAAGUGGUGCCUCCUUCGAUGAGAAGAAUACGAGCGCAGAAAGGACAAGGCAUCGCAGCCCAGAUGUCUCAGUUCUCCAGCUCGUCUGGAAACAUGUCGGUGAUGAGUGAUUCUGCUGCAGUUACCUUUGCUUCUCGCCAAAAUAGCGACUUAGGUUUUCACAGCUUGCCUCGGGCUGGUGCGAGAGUGUCUCUGCAGUCCCUGGAGCAGACACAGAGCAUCUCUAGGCAGACGGAAGACGUCGCUGGCACUUUACCCCACCAGAUAAGUAAACUGCAAGUGGACGAUAGUGUUGUGCAUCUGAGGAACAAUCCCACAACAGGGACCCUGUCGAGGCCAAAGUCUCAAGAGGUGAGAAGCUAUGAUGGCGAAAAGUCCGCAAGCCCAGCGUGUGUGGUCUCUCCUCAUGCCACCUACUCAACGAGCAUCAUACCCAACGCAACACUGUCAUCCUCCUCAGAAGUUAUCGUUAUUCACACUGCCCAGAGUGUCGGAUCGUUGGAUAGUAAAAUCACCAGCUCCACUGUCUACCCGAAGCCAAGAGACAAUCCUGUUGCCAGCAGUGCAGUAAGUGGGAAAGAAGAUCACCAUUCAUCAAGCGCUGUCAUGAUGCUUUCCCUUGGUGACUCUGCUGUCUCUCUUAGCACUCCUGGAAACGCAGAGGCCGGGUCUCAGAGCGUGAGCUACAGUUGUAGGAACAAUCUUGCUUUGCCAAACCCUUCCCAGGACAGCGAUGGUAGGAGUGAAUCGAGCUAUUCAGGGGAGCGAGCGCAAGCGGCAGUGAACAGCACAGAGCAUUGGCUGUACAAGUCUGCAGAAAACAGCGAGACUCCUUCACACAAGGUGGUUUCUACCUCACCAGGCUGUGCCACUCCCGGUAGCAACCUCAGCAGCAGCAGCCUGGAGAGGACUUCGGUCAGGGACGAUUCUACUUCUCUGUAUUCUGUGGACCACGACAGUUAUUACGGUUCUAUGCAUAUGGACUCCGGACUGAAGUCAGACAUGCCAUGCAAUAGUAGUAAUGGUUUUGGGAACCCCAGAGACAGCGUGAUAAACGUCUUUGAAGGAAAGGAGAAGAAACAUCCGAACAACCAGUCAGGCCAAGGUGACAAGUCCCUUGCAAGAAACAUCUCUCUGAAAAAGGCAAAGAAGCCACCUUUGCCACCAUCCAGAACGGACUCACUCAGAAGGGUGCCCAAGAAAAAAGCCCAGUCCAAUGGGCAGGUACUUGAUGAAACCCUCAUUGCCACUCUCCAGCAUUCUCUGCAGUUGAAUCUCAAGUGCAAGAACAGCAGCUCCCCUUCCCAGAGCCCCUGCAGUGAUUAUGAGGAUCCCUGGGUGUUGCGCUCCCGCAGCCAAAGCUCAAUCAGCGCAAGCAGCAGCAUGAUGUCCACCACUGCUCCCAACCUGUACUCCAUCUGCACAGUCACUCCCUCUCAGAGCGAAACAAGCAGCAUCAAGUCGGAGUACGCUGACCAGUGGGGUUACUACAGCGACUAUGCCGCAGUGGCAGAUGACCAGGUAAAAUCCCCAGUGACCCCUUCUGCCAGUGCGUCAUCUGCUCUCAGUGAUUACAGCAUCAGCCACUUCAGUGAUGGCUCAAGGGCUUCUGUGCCACAAGUGCCCAGUGGACUGGCCAAACCAAAGAGCGCUUCACCGGAGAAAUCCCACCGUGUCAGGGGGUCCCCCAGCCAGUCCAAUACACCCACUGCGCUUACUCCAGUGCCUGUCUUUUUAAAACCUGCAGCAUCAGGAAACGGGAAAUCCAAGAUGAAGCCUAAAGUGCCUGAAAGGAAAUCCUCUCUUCUGUCUUCAGUCUCCAUGUCUUCAUCCUCCACUUCUCUUUCUUCAAAUACAUCUACUGAAGGGAGUGUGAGUGUGAAGAAACUGGACCCCGCCCUGAGCUCUCCUCCAGAUUCUGGUGCACCUCCUCUUGCAACACCUCCUCCACGUUGCCCUGAACUUUCUCCUCCUCCUCCCCCCCCUCCUCCUCCUCCAGCAGAAGUCAUGGAUCUGUCACCAUUGCCAGCCUCUCCCACAUUCCCCCCUCCUCCGCCAGAAGCUGAUGUAACUUCUUCCUGUGCCCAGACUGUCCCAUGGUUUUCGCAAGAAGCCGCCAUCAGUUCGUUCUCUUCCCCUGUUCCUUCUCCAUCUACUUUCCCCUUAGGUGUCCCGCCACCAGCACCACCUCUUGAUCCCAAACUAACGCAAGGUGCAACAAUAUACCCACAGUAUUCUUUUAAGAAACGUAACCAGGAGGAUUCUUGCUACAGUCCAGUGAAACAGCCACUCAACAAGCAAGACGCGUCGAGACCCGUGAUGCCCUUAGUAACUACCAAAGCGUUGCAAAUGGUGCAGCUGAGGUCUGUGAAAAAAGCAACAGAAGGUGAACCAUCACCCGAGUCUGCUUCUGAAACCAUCUCUCAGGAAAAGGGUACUGUAAAUUCAUCGUCGCAGUCUUCCCUAAAGCCAUCUCUCUCACUAAGACUCAGUACCAGCUUAGGUGAAGAGGACACGAAAACACAAGGCACUUCGUUUACAAACUCCGCUCAGACACUGGCGCGGGGUUCUCCUCUCGUCCUCUCCGAUAACAUACCUGCACAUGGCAGCGAUCAAAAGCCUGCAAGUGCAGUAGGUCUGAACAAGUCUUUCGAAGCUGAUUCCGUGCGGAGAGCUACUGAAGAUGCAACUGAGUCUUCAGUGCAGAGCGAAGACCUCCCUUCUGGCAUGUCACUUCAGGGGUCACCAGCGUCUCCCGACAAGACUCAGGUUGUAUUGCCAAGCAAGAAACCACCUCCUAUUUCAAAGAAACCCAAACUGUUCCUCGUUGUACCACCUCCACAGUUAGAUCUUACAGUGGAGAAAGCAGCUGAAGCGAGUGAGACUGUCAGAGGCACUUCGAGCCCAACUAAGAGAGACGCUGUGCUUGCACACUGCGAGGAGGCGACAAAUUGUCUUACAGAUGGACUCAGUUCUAGCGAGAUGGACUCUGGCAGCCUGGUUCCUGAGGGAGGAGCUGCUGGAUUCACCUUCUCUGAGACAGUGGGAACUAGUGCCUUUGUGGUACAGCCUGCUGCAUCACCAGCUCGAGAAGAACCCAGGCAGGAGGAGCAGUCCGCUUUUGACGAAGGAAGCAGUUCAGGCAGCAGCCAAGACGGCGGCAGUAACGCUGACGGGCACCUCUCUCAAGAGAACGAAAGUGUGGAGGUGUUUGAAUCGGAUACAGCAAAUAGUUCGUUCCUGCCGAGCAAUAGUUAUGGGGAGGAGACGGACGGGGUGGCAACACCAGCGAGACCAAGGACUACUGAGGAUCUUUUUGCAGCCAUUCACAGAUCCAAAAGGAAAGUCCUUGGCCGUAAAGAUUCUGAAGACGACCGUACCCGCAACCAUUCUCCAUCGCCCCCCGUAACUCCCACCGGUGCUUCCCCGACCUUAGCUACCCUCAAACAAGCCGGAUCCAUUCAGAGAAGCGUUCGCAAGAGCAGCACCAGCAACGACAACUUCAAAGCCCUGCUGCUGAAGAAAGGGAGCCGCGGUGACACCAGUUCCCGCAUGUCCGCGGCAGAGAUGUUGAAGAACACGGACCCGCGAUUCCACCGGACAAAGACGGAUGCCUCCCCUGACCUUUCCGACAGCCCUGCCAGCUGCUCACCCAGCAAAAGCAAACGGGCCCAGGAAGAGUGGGCCAAGAGCGAGGGCCUGAUGCCAAGGAGCAUGUCUUUCUCUGGCACCAGGUACGGCCGGUCACGAACGCCCCCCUCUGCUGCCAGCAGCAAGUACAAUGUCCGCAACCGCAUCCAGAGCAGCCCCAUGACCGUCAUUAGUGAAGGAGAUGGGGAAGCGGUGGAACAGUCGGAGGGCAGGGUCCGAAGGACUUUGGAAGAGCAGCAAGAGAGGCAGCUUGAUGUGUUCAACAGCGAUGAAAUGGACAUGAAUGACUUUCCAUAUGCUGAGGAGGCAGGCUGCAAGGAGGCCCUGGAUCCAACCCAUCUAGACUUAAUGACUCAACCAGGUACUUCAAGGAAGUGUCUAAGCCCUUCAGCUGAAGAAAGUUAAAAGGCAGUGACAAAAGUCAUUGGAUAUUAGUCUAGAAAACGCCAGAGGACUCGAUUCCAGAAGAAAGCCCAGACCAGGACAAGUUUACUUUGCUGAGCGUUUAUUCCAUGAACUGCAUGUGUGUGUUUAAAUGCUGAAGCAAUGAUAGUUCU